AUGUCAAGAAAUGGCACUACACUCAUUACAGCUUUCCUCUUGUUCCUAAACAUCUUCUCUCUUUACCCUACUGCCAUAACUGCCUUGAACCAAGAAGGGCUCUCCUUACUCUCAUGGCUAUCAACCUUCAACUCUUCUUCUUCCACUUCAAUUUCGUUCUCUUCAUGGGAUCAAAACCACGUCAACCCAUGCAGAUGGGACUACAUCAGAUGUUCAAAUGAUGGGUUUGUCUCGGAAAUCAUAAUCUCGUCCAUUGAUCUUCCCACUAGCUUCCCUAUUCAAGUCCUCUCUUUCACCCACCUCACAAGCCUUGUCCUUUCCAGAGCAAACCUCACUGGAGAAAUCCCGACCUCCAUAGCUAAUCUCUCCUCUCUCGUCGUCUUAGACCUCAGUUACAAUGCUUUGACAGGGAGAAUUCCAGUGGAGGUUGGAAAGCUGCCUCAACUCCAGCUUCUGUCACUGAACUCGAACUCACUGCAGGGUCAAAUACCAGCUGAGAUUGGGAACUGUUCAUCCCUCAGAGAGCUUGAACUCUUUGACAACAAGCUUUCUGGAAAGAUCCCAGUUGAGAUUGGAAAGUUGGCAUCUUUGGAGAAGUUCCGCGCUGGUGGGAACUCUGGGAUAGUAGGAGAAAUCCCGUUUCAGCUAUCCAACUGCAGAAGCUUGGUCUUCCUGGGAUUGGCAGAUACAGGGAUUUCAGGGCGCCUUCCAGGUAGUUUGGGUGAGCUGCAGAAUCUCAAGACGCUUUCAGUCUACACAGCAAGUCUCACCGGUGAGAUUCCGGCUGAAAUUAGCAACUGCUCCGCAUUAGAGAACUUGUUUCUGUAUCAGAACAAACUCUCUGGCGAGAUACCUUAUGAAUUGGCUUCGUUGAAGAACUUGAAGAGGCUGCUGUUGUGGCAGAACAAUCUCACUGGCAGCAUUCCACAAGCUCUGGGGAAUCUUUCAGGUCUGGAAGUGAUUGAUCUCUCUAUUAACUCCUUGACAGGAGAAAUCCCUUCAUCGUUUGCCAAUUUGGUAGCUUUAUCAGAGUUCCUUCUAUCCGAGAACGAGAUUUCAGGAAUAAUCCCACCCUUCAUCGGCAAUUUCUCUGGCUUAAAGCAGCUUGAGCUAGAUAACAACUUGUUCUCUGGGGAAGUCCCCUCCACCGUUGGAGAAUUGAGUGAGCUGUCUUUAUUCUACGCCUGGCAGAACAAGUUGCAAGGAGAAAUACCUGAAGAGCUAGCAAACUGCAGAAAGCUUGAAGCCUUGGAUCUAUCACACAAUCUCCUAACUGGGUCAGUUCCAAAUUCUCUCUUCCACCUCAAGAACUUGAGCCAGCUGUUAUUGAUAUCAAAUGGGCUUUCAGGUGAGAUUCCGCCAGAUAUUGGCAAUUGCCUUGGUUUGAUCCGAUUACGACUCGGAUCAAACAAUUUCACUGGCAGAAUCCCACCAGAGAUUGGCGUUCUGAGUAGCUUGAGCUUCCUUGAAUUAUCACGCAACAAUUUUGCGGGAGAAAUCCCUCCUGAAAUUGGCAACUGCACUCAACUACAGAUGGUUGACAUGCAUGGGAACAAGCUUCAAGGCAACAUUCCUGCAUCAGUUGACUUUCUCGUCAAUCUAAACAUUCUAGACCUGUCAAGCAACCAGAUAGCUGGGAGAAUACCUCAGAAUAUAGGCCAACUUACAAACUUGAACAAGCUGAUAUUGGGUGGGAACUAUAUUACUGGUACAAUUCCUCACUCACUUGGCCUAUGCCGAGAUCUUCAGUUGUUGGAUUUGAGCAGCAACAGAAUCACAGGUCCAAUCCCUCUUGAGAUUGGUCAGCUGGAAGACCUAGAGAUCCUUCUGAAUUUGAGCUGGAAUUCUCUAUCAGGUCCAGUUCCAGAAACUUUCUCCAACCUCUCAAAGCUUUCCAACUUAGAUCUCUCUCACAACAAGCUCACUGGGACACUUGAUGCACUAGCAAGUCUAGAGAAUCUUGUUUCCUUGAAUGUAUCAUUCAACAGGUUCUCAGGGUUUCUUCCCAACACCAAGUUGUUCCAAGAUCUUCCUCCAUCUGCAUAUUCUGGCAACCAAGAUCUCUGCAUUGGAGGAAGAAACAACAACAACACCGAUAAGUGCCACAUGAGAAGGCCGAAUCAACAUGGCACGAACUUCAUCACCAGAAACAGAAACCUCAUCAUAUGUGCUCUCUUGGGUUUAGCUCUCACAUUGUUGUUCAUAGUAACAGCAGUAAUUCUGUUCAUCAAAGUGAAUGGAACUUCAUGUAAGAAUAACAGUGAAGAGGAGAACUCGAUCGAGUACUGGGAUUUCACCCCGUUCCAGAAAGUUAAUUUCACAGUCACUGAUAUUGUCACGAGGCUUUCGGAUGCAAAUGUAGUUGGAAAGGGUGGUUCAGGCAUGGUUUACCGUGUGGAGACACCAACGAAACAGGUGGUAGCUGUGAAAAAGCUGUGGCCGAUCAAGAAAGGAGAGGCUGCAACACAAAGAGACUUCUUCUCUGCAGAGGUUAAAGCACUGGGAUCUAUCAGGCAUAAGAACAUUGUGAGACUAUUGGGGUCCUGUAAAAAUGGGAAGACCAGACUGCUACUGUUUGACUAUAUCAGCAAUGGAAGCUUGGCUGGAUUGCUUCAUGAGAGGAAAGAGUUUCUUGAGUGGGAAGCAAGGUAUAACAUUAUCUUGGGUGCAGCUCAUGGUUUGGCUUAUCUUCACCACGAUUGCACUCCGCCAAUUGUUCACCGUGACGUCAAGGCCAACAAUAUCCUUGUGGGACAGGAUUUCGAAGCUUUUAUAGCAGAUUUUGGACUUGCAAAGCUUGUUGAUUCUGCAGAUUGUGAUUCGAGAGUCUCGAACACAGUAGCAGGUUCUUAUGGAUACAUUGCUCCUGAAUAUGGAUACAGUUUGAGGAUCACAGCAAAGAGCGAUGUUUACAGCUAUGGAGUGGUGCUUCUGGAGAUCCUAACUGGGAAGCAGCCAACAGAUAGCCAAAUUCCUGAAGGAGCCCAUAUUGUGACCUGGGUUAACAAAGAACUGAGAGAGAGGAAAAGGGAGUUCACAACAGUGCUAGACCAGCAACUACUUGUUAGAUCAGGUACCCAACUGCAAGAAAUGCUUCAGGUACUCGGCGUGGCCCUACUUUGUGUCAAUCCUUCACCAGGUGAACGACCCACCAUGAAAGAUGUAACAGCCAUGCUAAUGGAGAUCAAACAGGCAACCGAGACAGAUUCUGACAAGGGAAGUUGCCAUGGCAAGAGAUCAAUCACUAGUCGAAACACAGAACUUAGAUCUUCAAGUUUCUCAAGAUCUUCUGAACCUCUAAUAAGAUCCCCCUAGCUACUAGCUAGAGUACAUAAAAGUUUUGUAGAUUCUUGCAAAUAUAGUUCAUUGAUUAUUUUUUAGACAACGAAUAAUUUGUAAUGAUUUGCUAUACUCUGAACCAGAUGUUCCAUUGUCUCUUUGGACUAGUCUGUUAUGUAAAAAGAUAUGUGAUCUAAAGGUACUAAAAUGAUUAUAUA